AUGUUGCAGAGGUCGAUUCGCCGUCAGCGCCAGUACGUGUGCAAGAGCAAGGCCGACGGAGGGUGCCUGGUGGACAAGACGCAUCGAAAUCAGUGUCGCGCUUGCAGGCUGUCCAAGUGCAUUCAGGCCGGCAUGAACAAGGAUGCCGUGCAGCAUGAACGAGGUCCCCGUAAUUCCACGCUUCGCCGCCAGAUGUCUCUGUACUUCAAGGAGGCAGGAUCGGACUCACCCCCACCCCCACCACGCCCACGAAGCACCACACCCCCAGAGCCCGCCCACACUCGCUCCUCCCCGCCCGUCAUCAGCCACAUGCCGCCCAUAUCGGUGAGCGCCCACCUUCCCCUGCCGUUCCCUCCGCCGCCGCCGCCGCCCAUCCACGCCGCCCUCGAUCUCAAGAUUGGCGUUACGCCCCGACACCUUCCCACCACGCCCACCACCACCGCCCAUUCCGACCUCCCGCGCCCGCCGCCCCCGGAGAUAUCCGCGCUCACUCUUGACAGGAUGCACGCCCUCACCACCCGCACCACCACGCUCCUUGCGCCGACGCCCAAGUAUCCUCAUGAACUGGCCGUUCCUAUUGUGAGUUCGCCGGACACGGUGUGCGAGACGGCAGCGAGACUCCUCUUCAUGAACGUGCGCUGGGCCAAGCAUCUCCCCGCCUACACCGCCUUGCCGUUUAGGGAUCAGUUGAUGCUCUUGGAGGAAGGAUGGCGGGAGCUCUUUGUCCUCUCGGCUGCUCAGUUCCUCUUGCCCGUGGAAGCCGGACCUCUGCUGGCCUCGUCCGGCCUCAGCGGAGAGUCCUCGGAACGCCUGCUGCCCAUCCUGCAGGAUAUCAAGCUCUUCCAAGACAUUCUUGCCAAGUUCAAGGCCAUGUGCGUGGACCCUACAGAGUACGCGUGUCUGAAAGCGAUCGUUCUCUUCAAGACAGUGUGGGAGAACGCAAGCGGAGACGUGAAGGGCCUGCGCGACCUGGGUGCGGUGGCCGCGCUCCAGGACCAAGCUCAGCUCACGCUCAACAAGUACAUCACCACGGCUUACCCGACCCAGCCCUUCAGAUUCGGGAAGCUGCUGCUGCUCCUGCCUUCCCUCCGCGCCGUGGGCUCCCGCACCAUCGAGGAGCUCUUCUUCAGGAGGACCAUCGGCGCCAUUCCCAUCGAGCGAAUCAUCUGCGACAUGUACAAGACGGCGGAUUUCUGA